AUGCCUAAGGUCCUAAGGGAAUUGCUACCGGGCCUUAAGUCUCUUUACGCGCGCAUAAUCGACUAUAUCUCUAAUUCUAAAGUUAUAAACCUCUAUAAGGAGGUUUUAGCCGUAAUAUUAGUUAUAUACCGUCUUGUUAUAUUAAAAGAACUAUUAUCUAUUGCGAAACUACUAACUCUCUUUACUAAGGAUCUUAAGAAGGUUAUUAAAUACUACGGCUCUUUCCUAAUUCUGCGUAAUAAAACUAUUUAUUUUAUAUACUAA